UCAUCUGUCUGGGUGUCAUGUGUUGUUAGCAACUUGGGUAUUAUGAUUUUUCAUGCUUUUAAUAGCAUUUUUGUGUAGUGUUUAAUUUAAAAAAAAAGGUAACAAAUAUGGCGCCUGAAAGAGCUAUAACUCCGCAAGAGGAGAGCAGACUGUCUCCCAAGAUGUCUGUACCGGCGAGUCCCAUCGCUGGGACUCCCAUCAGGGAUGCGCAAUCGCCGAUUUCUAUGUUAUUGGCAGUCGCCCAAAGCCAAAGCAGGGCCGACGAUGACCUCACCAACUUGAAUUGGUUGCACGAACGGGAUAUUCUGAAAGGUAUGAACAUCAACCCUUCUCCCUCCAACAGCCAUAUCUCCACACCAAUCAAGUAUCAAAACAAUAACGAAAUCCUGAUCGACCAUUCGACUCCAACCAGUUGCACGGACGAAUCGAUAGAAUCAUCAGACAGUUACGGCUGCACAAAUCCCAAUCAAGUGACAGCGCCACCUAGGAACAAGCAUCCCCACAAUGUACCCUACGACCCUGUGAUACAUACGUCAAACAAGCCACCGUACUCAUUUUCCUGUUUAAUCUUUAUGGCGAUAGAAGAUUCCAUGCAGAAGGCUCUGCCCGUCAAGGAGAUCUACGCCUGGAUUUUGGACCACUUUCCGUAUUUCAAGAACGCCCCCACUGGUUGGAAGAACAGUGUUAGGCAUAACUUGUCGUUAAAUAAGUGCUUUCAGAAAGUUGAAAAGGCUGCGAACUUGGGCAAGGGUUCCUUGUGGACGGUCGACCCUCAGUACAAACCGAAUCUAAUCCAAGCGCUCAAUCGUUCCCCCUUCCAUCCCGUAUCAACCUUAGAAUCCUCCUAUCAGAUGGAAAAACCGCCGGCAAACGACCGACCCUCGAUAUACCGUCUUCCCAAUCCGGAUCUGUUCCCGUACCUAGCCAAAAAAUUAGCCUCGACGGAAAUGAACGGCCACACCGCGUACACUCCCCGAAUCAAGAUGGAGGAGGUGAGGUACAAGGUGGACGACACCAGGAUAAAGAUGGAGGAUUCCUUAGAUGCGGUCGAUGCAGCGGCCGUGAUGUUGAGCCUCAAGAAUAGCCAACCGAAAAAUUUGGAAUGUCAUGCUACCGAUUUCUUACAAGUCAUUACGAAUUCGCCUAGUCAGGACCAUACUUACAGCGCUGCUGAUAGCGAAAACGGCGUUCCCGAGGAUGGUGAUAACAGAAUACCAAAAACCCGUACCUGUCGUAAACUAGACUUCGAAGACGACGAAGACCGCAGGAUAAAGGAAGGCGCCGAAACGCUACUUAACCUGGCCGGCAUCACGUUAAGGAAAAGGCCCAAUUCGACCAGCGAGACCGAGGACUACGCCAAACGGACAAGACUGCAUCAGCGAUACGACAUCAACAAGAACGAAUCGGCAGAGAGAGUGGCUCACUUCAAGCCGCGGCUGUUGCGGAAAAAGAAGACCGUCAAAAACGGCGCUCACAAAAACGGAGACGAAUGGGGAAAUCACCGACGAGACAUAGACAUCAACCAGAACAGGUAAUCGAUAAUACGGCUAAGUAGACAAUUUCAAUAUUACCAAUUUAAAAGAAGAAAAAUUCUAUAUUCUAUUUGUUGGAACUAAAUGUAAUAUAUUUUAUGUUUUGUUUGAUACCUAUUCAGGAGAUAUGUAAAUAUUUUUAAGGAUUGUUUUUAAGCUUUAAAGAAAUUUUUUGAACCAUACAAAAAUGUGAAAAAUUGAGGUUCGUUGGUUGUGUAAGUGUACAGUUGUAGUUGGUGAUCAAAAGAAAACGAAACAUAUCAGUUAAGUUUUUUUUUUCUUUCUUUAAACCAUUAUUUUAAUCUAAGAUUUGAAAUUUGCGAGGGCUUCGACGUUAGCACACUGAUUUUUUGGGAUUCCGUCAGGUACCAGUGAUUUUUUUCCUGAUUGACGUAUUGUUGAGCUGGGCAUAUUGACAUUUAAGCAGAUAAUUCAAUAAAAAUAGGUUAUUUUUCCGAAAAAACUUGUCACGCGAUUUUAAUUCAAGAAGAUGCUUUAAACCAAAUUUUCGAAAUUUUUCCCCUUAGCGUAUUGAUUUUUCCUAAGAGAAAUUGUUUCAUACAAAAUUUGUAUUAUAUAAAAGUUGUUCAUGAAAUACCUACAAAAUUGAUAUAUUUUUUUGUGUGAUACAUUUCUUUGGAGAUAGAGCGUGUGGAGUUUCGAAUACUGUCGUUUCAUAUUAAUACCUCCUAUGUGCCGAAUUUAUAGCAUAAUUGUAUUAAACAGGGUUUUACGAACAACCUGCAGUCGAAAAAUUUAUUGAAUUAUUUUGUAAUAGGUAUCUAGAAUUUUAUAUACAUUUAUAUUGGAUAGAUAUAGAAAAGGCCAACUUUAGAAUUCUAAAAUCUUAAAUUUACUUAAAAUUGUCACAUAGGAGAUAUCAAAAUCAUAAUGAAGAUAUAUUUGGUUUUAAACUUUUUUUAAAUUCUAAAAUCCAAAAACAAAAAUCAAAAUAAAUUUAUACUAGAGAAACUAUUUUUAAUAUAUUCGGAUUGAAUUUAUUUUCGUUAAAUUAUUCGACAAUACAAAAACAUUUAUUUAGAGUAUUUUUGAUUGCAAGAAAUAAAAAUCCAAAUUCGGCGACUUUCCCAAAGAAACGGAAAAGCAAAAAACUCAAAACGAGUUUCUUAUUAGCUAUGGGAGAGGCAUUCUGUAACUGUAGUUUGAUUAUUCCUUUAUAUUUCAAUUAUUGUAUUGAAGUUUGUAGCUUGUAGCAGAUGGGAAGAUCCCUACAUUGUUUCGUAGGAUUUAUACUUUCCUCUAAGAAUCUCCACCAGACAACCGUAAUCACGGCCACAAAUUUGAUGCAAAAUUGGCUCUUAGCUUGUAAUUGAUUCAUGAAUUAUAAUCGUGUGAGAAGUUUUAUCUGAAAAUGCGAUUUUUCUUUCCUAUUUUCUGCGUUCAAAGAGUCGAAAAGGUUAAUCUAGAGUCAAGCUGUGUUGACACCACUAAAGUGUAAGAUGGGUGAUUACAAUAUUGUAUUUUCCAAAUACUUUUACAAUUUUAUUGUUGAUAAGUCUAGUGUAUUCCCUCCCAAAUCUGAAGAAAGGCAAAUGCUGGACAGAAACGUAUAGAGUUGUGCAACGAUGCCAAAUAUUUAAGAUUUUCGACCAGAAAACUGACAUACAUAUGGACCUAGACAUGCUAACGUGCUGUUUAGAGAUAAUUCAGAUUUGUUUUUUAAAGAGGAUGUAGUUUCUGGAACUACGCGACACUAAGCAACCCGUGAUAUAUAGUGUAGCGAAAAUUUAGUUUACUAUGUGGAUUUUAUUAACCCUUAUAUAUACAAAAUUGGUUAAAGGGAAUAUUUUCAAGAUUAAUUUAUUGAUUCUUUUAAAAUUAAAAUAUCAGUUUCGGUUUUUGAAAUAUUGGGCCAAACCUAUAGUGGUCAUUUUCGUUUUAUUUAAUAAAAACCUUUAUUUUGAGAGAUAUAAGUCAAAUACUACCUUAACUUAGCGAAACCAAACUAUAAAUAUGUAAAUAUUUUUGAAUAAAAAACGUAAGGUGUUGAACUAUUAAUUAUUAAAAUAACUACAAUCAGAAAAUAAAAAACUGUUGAGCGGAGCUCAGAUCGUUACUGGUUUUUGAAGUGGUUACUUGUAUCUUAAUACAUUAUUGUCGCAGUUGUGUGUAUUUUGAGACUUCAAAUAUAAGUAUCCUAAAAAUCGCGUUAUGAAUGCACAAGCUGGUGAAAUUAUGCAUUUUGUUUUGAAAUGUACGCAGAAGGAAUCAGAUGAAAUAUAAAAUUAUUCUGUAUAAACAAGUUCUGGGGCCAAUUCUAACAUAUGGAUGCCGAGUCUACUGUUCAAUGGCCCUUUUAGUCAUUGCAUAGAGCACAAAAUAAGUGUCUACACAAGAUCCACAGACCUGCACAAGCAGGAAUGCAUGAAUCCUAUAAAAUAAUUCAUGCAUUGCAUGUCAGAAAAGGCAAAAAAAAAAAACAUGUUAGAAAGGUUUCAGGUAUGCAUGUACAUGAAAGAGAUAGAAAGGAGACAGAUACGACAUGAAAAUCAGGACAAAUGCAGCAACAUCUUCCACAACUGCAAUUUGUUUGCUAAAGAUUUAAUUUACUAAGACUAGUAGUUAUCAACUCUAGUCGGAUGGUAAAAUACAUUAUAAUUAUUGAUAUCUUAAAGGAUAAGGAUGUGACAAAUUAUUAGCUUGAUUAAAUUAAAAACAGCAGUAAUAUAAGUGGAUCAAGGCAGGAAUUUCCAUCAGGUCUCCGAUGAGGUCGAGGAUGAACCAGCGAAUGAUACUUAAAAAUGAAUAAAGAAUUUUUAAAUAAUAAAAAAAUGUGGCUUGGACGGGGUGGCCCAGCGUUCACUGAAUUGUGACAAUAACAAAAGACUACCUGUAGUACCAGGAAGUAUCAAAUACAACCCUGUUUUUCCUAGCUUUUUUUCAGGUGGCAAAAACCAAAACAUGAACAUAAACUCUGUCUCUGUACAAUUACUGACUACAAAACAAUUGAUAAUGCCGCACAGGCAAGGAGUGAGGGCUGCUAUAUUUAGUAUUAUCUUUAACAUAAUGGCCCACACAGGCCCGUUUGUGUCUUUUAUAUUACUAUAUUACGUUUAUAAUGUAUUAUUAAAUUAAAAAAAGGUAAAUAAAUGUUUUAAAUUAAAUUAAAAAAUUAGAAAUCGGUAGUUUGAACAAAGAGGUUGAUUUAUUUGAUAAAACAUUCUUGUUAAUCGGGAAAGUAAGCAAAACUACAUACUAAUAAAUUGGGUAACGUGGUAUUGUUAUUCCUGUCAAUCUGUAGCUAGACAUUAUUUAUUUGGUACCAAUUGGGGGUAACACAUUUAUGUACAUUGUAGUGUCAUUUAAUUAAACUAACUGGUAAUUUAAUAAUGGUUGAAUAUUUUAAAAUAUAAUUUAAUUGGAUACUUUUAUACUCAUCUCAUUCUCCGAACUAACAGAGAGCUAGCAAACUAAAAAACUAUUUGUAUUUAUUUAUUGUUUUACCAGGUAUAGUGUCCCAACAAUUCUGGGGUGAAAACACCCCUUUAACAUGUUAUUCCUGUCGAUCUGUAGCUAGAAAUUAUAAUUUGUAUAAGUCAUUUUGAAUUAAUGUCCUCUAUUCAAGAGAUUUUAUAAUUCAGGUGUAAUAUUAUUAAAUGCGUUUUAGAGUCUUGUUUCAAAUCUGCACAAUAUCAGAAAUUUCGUCAAUCUUUAAGAAAAUUCCAAUAAAUAUCAAAUUUGGAGACCAUUCUCUGUAUCCAUUAGCUCUUAACAAUCUCAUUUGAAAUCUAUUAUUUAAAAAUUAACUAACUCUUAAAGUAUUUUGUAGUCUACAACCAUCUUUCACAAUGAAAAUGAACAGGAACGUUAAGUACAGUUCAUUGUCAAAUCUAAAUUCAAAAAUUAGUAUGAUACGUGGUUGAAUAGAGAAAAAAGUACAGGUUUGUAUUAAAAAAAUUAUGAACGUCGUUUGUAACGUGAUCUCUAGUUAUUCUAUCUACUUGUAUAAUGUGUUUGAGCUUAAUUGAUUGGGCUUGGGUUAGGUUAUUAAAUAACACGAAUAACUUUGAAAAAGAAGUUGGGCACCACUAUAUUUAAAGCUUACUAUACUUGACUUCAAGGUAGCAAAUUCUAAUUCACAUAGUUUUACUAAAUUCAAAUUUAAGAUGAUUUAUUCAAUUGCACUUAUCUUUUGUUAAAACGAGGUAAUAUAAGGAAUGUUUUAUUGCAUGGUAUAUCUUCAGGCAACUUCUUCAAAGGGAUUCGGGAUCCUUAUUCGUAAUUCUGCAACUUGAAAGAUCUCGUGAUAUUUGGUAUUCUAACUUAAACUCGAAACUGUCUAGAUCUUCUAGAGAUGAAUCAAACCACGGUCUUCAGAUUGUACCAAAACCAAAACAAACUUCUAGGUAUAAAAUCCAUAAAACUUCUUGAUAGGAAUUCAAAAACGUCUUGAGAGAAAUUCAAAACCGUCUAGAUAUAGCCAUGCUUAUAAAAUCAGACGGAUUUUACGAUAGAUUAAAAUCAUUUAGUACAUCGGAUGGACAAGAUAUAUUGAAAUUCAAAUCAAGUUGAUUCGUUGACAUCCAGGUCAAAAAUAAUUCUCACAAUACGAAUCAAGGAAGAAGAGGCGAAAGUGGGUGUGUCGAAAUAACGGUUCUAACCGUUACAAUAAAAAUUUGGCUUCGCUAUGUUAUAGGUAUAAAAACGAAAUAAAGUUUGUUUCUAUCUUUUAAAACAAAGAUUUUAAUUUAAUAAAACGAAAAUUACAACCUGAUAUUUUAAUUUUGAAAGAACCAAUAAAUUCGUUAAUUUUUUUUUAAUCAACCAUCUUUCUAUGCUUGAUCUUUAAUUACAUUUUCGCCACCCUGUAUACCAUCUUCAGAUAGAUUAAAUUAAUAUUUCGAAAAACUGAAGCCCCUCGUAUUUUGUGCUAGUUAAAUUCUAGUCAAUUCUAGAAUUAAUAUAUUUCGAUAGGUAAAAUGUUUAAUUAGCAAAUUUUAACUUUUUUUUAUAUACUAUUUCGUUUUUAUUUAUUUAUAUGAACCGUUUUGUUCCCGAUUUGGUUUGUUCCUAAUUGGUUGAUAUUCCUUGAUUCUUUAUUUAUUUUUAUUAUUUUGUUUAUUUAACAUAAUGCAUUGUUCGUUAUUAAAAUGCAUUUAAAACAAAAAUAUACACCUUUGGUCUUCCCAAAAGACUUGAAAAUACUUAAGCGCUCAAUUUUUUAGACGAAAAAAAAAGUACGGUGAACAUUUCCUAUAUGUAUAUAUUUAAAUUAUUUCUUUUUAUAACUAACUAGAACUGUUUGAGUGUUUUCGUUUGCAUAGAAUGAGAAAUUUUCGUUAUUUAACAGUUUGAUUUAUAUUAUGAACUAGCCAUAACACUUAAGUACUAAUUCUAUAGUAAACCUAAAUCUCUGACGGUAAAACAUAAGAGUACUUUUUUAUCCUUACAGAACAUGUUUGUCCUGUUAAAUUUUGCUUUACAUCUCCCUUGGAUUUCAUGUAUUUGUGUCACAUUAAGUUCUAGCUUAUGACAGUUGUUAGGCAAAAUAUACAAUCUCUAUCAGUCAAAUUAGUCGAACGACCACUUUACUUCAGAAAACAAUGCUAGAAAAAAAUGUAAACUUUACCUUUCAUUUUUUCUUCUUCAUUUACACCUUGGUUACAUUUUUAGUUUAUAAUAAUUUUCCUAGGUCUUUAUUCUGGAGUAAUGCCUUCUUUCUAAAUAAUGACCAUGUUAUUGUGACUUAAUGACUUGUAAUGUUGAAGUUUUUGCAUCUGCCAUUUCCUUGGACACUUCGAUUGUCGCCUUCCAUUUUUUCAGUAAAAACGAAAGGUAAUAUCACUCCUAGCAUUAUGCAACCAUAUUAAAAGAAUACUUCGUCGACCAUAAUAUGUUCCUCCAGACAUUUGUAUAGAAACCUGAUAUGAUGCAGACUAGUAUUGUUAUCUUCUAUGUUUCCAGCUUCCAUUACUCAUGAGUCUACUGGGAUAAAUGUGUUCAAUAAUUCCAGUUUAAAAGUGAGUCUGAGGAAACAUAACAAGGUUUAUUAAAGAAUUAGUACUAUUAACGCCCAUUUUUAUAUAUAUCGUUACAACCGUUAAUGAUAAUAGUUUUUAAACGAUAAAGUUUAAAAUUGGGUUAGAUAUAGUUAAAUAAAAGCAAUUCUUAUAGUGAUUUUGUACACGUAGUAGUUAAAUCAAAUAAUACCGUCACGUUUUACCCUUAAGUUUUGAUCUACCUCAAUUCAUUUUUUUAUAUAUGAUAAUUUCUUGCGUAAUUCUGUGCAAACUAGUUUGUUUGAUCAUUCUGUUUUUUUUUUGUUUAUUGUAAGUUGUACUCGAAGAGGUUUUUUAAGAAAUUGUGAUCAUCUCAAUUUUUGCGUAGGAACCUACGAUAACUAUACACCAAAACAUAUGAAUCGGUUACUUAUUUAGUAAGUAGCUAAAUUAAUAUUUUUGGACGUGUCUGUUUUUCUUAUGCGCUAUAUUAGUAGUGAUAUCGAAGCAGGUCCUCAUCCAGGGAGUGUUUUCUUAAACAAGGAAUAAUUUAGAAAAUACAUUUAACUUAAUAGUUGGCGUAACAUUUUUGGCGCCCAACGUGAAUCCUAGAUGACGUUUUUAAAGUGUCACUUAAGAUUAUCAUCAGAAUCAUUGUUUUAAACAAGGAAUAAUUUAGAAAACACAUUAUUUAACCAGUCGGCGAAGCAUUUUUGACGUCCAACGUGACAUUUUGUAAGUUUCACUUAAGAUUACUGUCAGAAUCAUUGUUUUGGAGUAGAAUAUGUUGAAUUAAAAGGAAAUGUUAGAUUCGAGACGCAAAUUAGAAAAAUAAUAAAUAACAAAAACAUUUUAGAUAUCCUUGUUUAAGCAAACCUUCCCGGUUAGGUUACUGCAACCAUCAAACUGAUAUAGUACAUCUAUAUGUUAAUUUAAAAGAAUAAUAUGGACCGCUUAACAUAUUUAGUGAAUGUUUUAUUUGUAUAUCUCAUCAAGUUGUAUUAAAAAUUACAAUUAUGGUCUUCCAAAUUAUUUAAGGUCUGUAUUAUUUUUUCGAAUUAUCCGAUAUUGUUACUUUGUGUCUUGUUUGUUUCUUUUUGCCAUUUAUAGAUUAUUGUGUUUGAUUUUUAAACUGGUGUUAUAUAAGAAGUAUCAUAUACUACGUCUUUGGGAAUUGAUACCUUUAUUUUUAUAUGGAACUAGGCUGUAAUUAUCAAUAUAAAAAAUACAAAACGUUUUUAGGUAUUCCUAAUGAUGUUUUGUAUUUUUUUUUCUAUUUGUUGGUGAUAGAGGAACUAAAGUUAGUGUAGAAUGGUGCUUAAAGAACCAUAAGAAAGCCAUUCAGUUACUUAUAUAAUUUUUUUGGGAUAUAAAAUGUUUAUUUUAAAUAAUUAUGUAGUAGAUACAAUCCAAGGUGCAAGGCAAUCAAUGUAAAGCUCAAAUGAAGCAUGUUUAAGACUAAAAAUAUGCAGUAUUGACAAUCAAAAAUUUUUACUUGAUUAUAUUUUGGAUUCCAAAAGUUUUCGAAAUAACUGACUCAAAAUUUUAAUUUGUAUAAAUUUUACCUGUUAGCCGUAGUCUAAGAUUAGGCAUUAGAAAGUUCUACCCCAUCUAUUAUUUGAGCCUAAGUCCAUUUAUACUUAAAUGAAGAUAUUCAUUAUCGAUAAUGUCCGAAGGCAGUGACGAAGGUAAUUUUAAUUAGUGUUUAACAAGUUAACCUCAGUUUUUGGACAAUUGCAUUAGUUGAAUAAUCAGUACGUUUAAUUAAUGCAGUUAAACAAAAUUUACACAAAUUCUUGUUAUCUCAAUUUAGAUAUUAUAAAUUGACUUACGCCACUUUUAAAAUAAACGGCUCAUUUUUAUUAAAAAUAAAUGAUAUAAAAACCAAUAAAUCUUAAUAAUAUCCUGAUCCUACGUUCCUUCAUUACGACUCGCACCCUUGUCUGUCGCAUGUAUUAACACGCGCGCGCCCCUUUUCUGUCACAUCGAAAAUAUAUUUUUCAAAUUGCGGCAACCGUACAUUGGGUCAAAUUUUUCUUAGGCAACCCAAUAUCAACGUAUGGAGAAUAAAAUUACCUUUAAGUUAUGAUUUAUUUGAAUAUCAAAUGGGGUAAUGCGCUAGUUCAGUGAUGAUGUAAUUAUGGUUGCAAUUAAAGUGACAGUAGAUUUUUUGAAUGCGUUUUGUUCGUUUUUUUACCUAAAUUAUAUCGCUUUUUCACUAUUAUAAAUAUAUUCCUAAAGUAAGUAGAUAACAUGCAUCAAAUAUACAAUCGUUUAGUUACAAAUUACAUACCUUUAAACUAUUUGUUAUGACCUGUAAACAAUAUUUACAAAUAUACUUAAAACAGUAAAAACGUAUAUGUCAAAUUUAUUGGAUGUUUUUGUUAAAAGUUUGGUUAGAAUUAAAUGUCAGUGGAACCAAAAUGACAUCACACUGAACUAGCGCAUUGUCUACACGAACUCAUAUUUUUAAAACUGACAAAAAAAAUUACAAAGGUAUAUAAGCUAAUGGGUUGGCGUGAGUUAUUCACUGUUUAUACCUCUUCAACCAUAUUUCAGGUAUUUUUCGGCCUUCUAAUAAUUUAAGGUUCAAAGAUUAGUUGAGAAAAAUUGGAGGCCACUGAUCUUUUCUUGUGGUGAAUGUGACUCGAGCAGAUUUGGAACCGUUAGUGAUAAUACCUCUUCAACCAUCAUCAGAAUCAAUUAGAUGAUGGGAAAGUAUCUUUUGAUUUGUAAAUUAAAC